UAUUAUUUUGUAUUGUAAUUGUAUUUGAUAUACACAUAGUGAGUUUUUUAUACCUUUUUGCAACUUGUAAGAAUUUGAUUCGCUCCUGCAUGCUGUUUUCAGAACCCGAUUUUUUUGGUCAACGCGUCAAGAUUUGAAAAUUGAAAAUAUGUGACAAUUCUGACAGUUUGGCAACACACCAUUCAAUCGUUACCAAUCAAUUAAUCAAUCAAUCAAGAAUGAGUAGUAACGCAGCUUUGACGGCUGCUUCAUUGCAACCAGAACUUUGGACAAGUUCAUCCAAUGAGACGUUGAAGUUAUUCGUCACCAAUUCGGAGGGAGCCAUUAAUUUCCAACCUGUAUUUACCUAUCCUAUAUUUGGAGAUUCCGAAACCAUCUAUGGAUACAAGGAUCUUGUUAUAUUCUUAUGUUUUGAUCAUUAUACGUUUUACCCAUUUUUGAAUAUCAAAUAUACUGAGAAAUUGAAUGAUCCUGAAAUCAUUGAUAUUAAAGAAACCAUUGAUAAAUUCUUACCUGAAUCAACUGUAUAUAAAGAUGAAGUUAAAUGGGUUGAUUUAAUCAAUGAAGAAAAGAAAAGUUAUAAGAUUCCUGGAGAAUUGAUUGAAUCAUUUGAAAAAGAAGUUGAAGGUGAAGUUAAUCAAUUUGAAAUUUAUAAGCUUGAUUUACAAAGUAUAUCAGGGUUAGAAUUACAUAAAAGAUUACAAAUAUUAGUAUUAUUAUUUAUUGAGGCUGGAUCUUAUAUUGAUGCUAAGGAUGAAUUAUGGAAUGUUUAUGUUCUUUAUAAUACUACCAAUAAAGAAGAACCAUCAAUCGUGGGGUUCACUACUGUUUAUAAUUAUUUUAAAUAUCCUGGAUUUGAGAAAUUUGAUAAUGAAGAAAAAGAAACUAGAUUAAAGAUUUCUCAAUUUAUAAUAUUACCAACUUAUCAAGGUCAAAGAUUAGGAGGAGAAUUUUAUGCUCGAUUAUUUAAUACAUGGUACGAAGAUCCAAAUAUUAUUGAAAUUGUGGUGGAAGAUCCUAAUGAGAGUUUUGAUGAUUUAAGAGAUAGAUCUGAUUUUAUUAGAUUGAAUAGUUCAAUUAAAUUUGAUGAUAUUAAUAGCAAAUUAGAUUCAACAUGGAUUAAAGAUACUCGGAGUAAAUUAAAAUUAGAAAAGAGACAAUUUUCAAGAUUAUUGGAAUUAACGUUAUUAUAUAAAUUGAAAUACAAAUUAGGUAAUGAUAGUAAGAAAGAUGUGAGAUUAUUUAUUAAGAAGAGAUUAUUUGAAAAGAAUAGAGAAGGUUUAGAAGCAUUGGAUGAGAAUAAUAGAAAGGAUAAGUUACAAACCGCAUAUGAAUCCUUAGAACAAGAUUAUUAUCGAAUCUUGGGAGAUAUUAAAUUUGCAACUAAAAGACAACUUGAAGUGUGAUUAGAUGAGUAAAAUAAUAGUUUGUAUAGUAGUGUGUUAAUAAUAUAUGUAUCCUUGAAAUUAUGAUGACCUUCACCGUGUAUGACAUGGAAGAAGGCAGUGAAAGGCCGUAGUAAGGUCAAAAGGUAUUAAUUAUGUCAUUUAUUUUCUAGCAAUUACAUAAUUAUGAUGAUAAUGGUUGCAAUUAGGGGUUUAAGGCUGGGGAAGGAAGUAGAGGUUAAAUCGUUAUCAUCAUGAUAUUAUUCAUUUCAUAAUUUGUCACUAUUAUAAGAAAAAAUUGAGCAUGACGUCACAUCCCAAUUUGGCUUCUAUACAUUUUUAACUGUCUUCCCCUUAGGUUUAAAAAUUAUUUCAUCUUUAUUCGGUUCGGGGAUUCUUUUCAAUUGUAUGAAUGCAUUGUACAUUGAAAUGUAUAGAGUCGUCUCUAAAUGGGGUUUCGCCUAGUUGGUGGUAUUAAAGUAUCUAUUUCAUGUA